UUGGGGUGGUUGUGAUACAGCUGUCGCUGUUCGGCUGUGUGACUCUCCUCGACGCGAAGUGUCGCCUUUCCACCCAAGCCCGGCGCGGCGAUGGGUUCCCGGGCAUCCACACUGCUGCGGGACGAAGAGAUUGAAGAGAUCAAGAAGGAGACGGGCUUCUCCCACAGUCAAAUCACCCGUUUGUACAGUCGCUUCACCAGCCUAGACAAAGGAGAAAAUGGCACUCUGAGCCGUGAAGACUUCCAGCGGAUUCCAGAGCUUGCCAUCAAUCCACUGGGAGACAGAAUUAUCAAUGCUUUCUUUCCAGAAGGAGAGGACCAGGUGAAUUUCCGUGGAUUCAUGAGGACGCUGGCCCACUUCCGACCCAUAGAAGACAACGAAAAGAGCAAAGACCAGAACGGUCCAGAACCAUUGAACAGCCGAAGUAACAAGCUCCACUUUGCUUUUCGGUUAUAUGAUCUGGAUAAAGAUGACAAGAUUUCCAGGGAUGAGCUUCUUCAGGUAUUACGGAUGAUGGUUGGUGUAAACAUUUCAGAUGAGCAGCUGGGCAGCAUUGCUGACAGGACAAUCCAGGAAGCUGACCAAGAUGGAGACAGUGCCAUCUCCUUUGCAGAGUUUGUGAAGGUUUUGGAGAAGGUGGAUGUAGAGCAGAAAAUGAGCAUUCGAUUUCUUCACUGAUGGAUGGAGAACCUUUUCGUUUCUACCCCUACUACGUAAUGAAUAGAACUUCAUUUUCUCCUUAGCACGUUGCCCCAGAGCAUUGCUACUGGUGAAUAAUACAUCUCCAACCCCUACCUGAUUUGUUCUACCAAUGUGAACAUUCCCUGUGCAUCAGGAACAAAGGGAAAUGGCUGCCCUACAACUUGGAAAGGAGCAUUUUAAACAAAAAUAGUGAUUUCCUCCCAUUUUUUUACCCUUUCUCCCUUGUCUCUUCUUGCACUACGGUUUCAGCCAAAAUGUCUCUCCUUAUGUACUGCUGUUUAAUCUACAAACUGAUUCUUCUGAGCUCUGAAUCUGAGAAUGGGAAAACGGGAACACACCACAGAAGUGCCCUCUGAAACAUUGUGGAGACAAGCAUCUACUCAAGUACUAGGUGCAGUGAUAAUGAUUCACUUCUGCUUCCAGUAGUAACACUACAUGACAGCUGCCUUUUUUUGUCCCCAUUUGGCUCUUUAUAUGCAGAUUUUAUUUCUUCAUUGCUUCCAAAUCUGCCUUCUACUUGGACUUCUCAAUUUCCAUGGCUUCAUUGUACAACUAGCACUGAAUGCAUGAUGAUAACCUAGAGUACUUCAGCGUACUGUGAAUAGAUUUUAUUUGUGGUGGGAUGAAUUCACAGGGACAAUAGAUUCUCAUCUGUGGUGAAGACAGGCUGUGGUAUCCUCAAAAGGAAUAGGAAUUCUGCACUAAGAAAUUUAAACUGUUCCAGUAACAGAUGCAGAAACUUGUUUUGUUCCUUUGAAUAGCUUGUGGGCUUGCUAGUUAGUGGACUAUCAAGUGCCCUCUCCAGGUUGCUUUGCUCUAGGAUCCCUCCUCAUCAGGAUGGUUUUGCCUCUGAAAGUAUAAACUUGUUUACCAGUGUACAUAAUGCAAGAAAACCAGUCAUGCCAAAAUCUGGAUUUGUAGUUCUGUCACUGCCCCCAGUGCCAUGAAACAGAGUACUGAUUUUUUUUAACUUUUUUUUUUUUAAUCCUAGUGGCCUGGAUAAUCACCAAUUAUUUACAUUUUCCAGCAUGGAAUUUCUGGUCUAUUAGGUUUGUGUUGAGAGUGGUAGCUGUAUUUAUGAAAUUUGUGGCAUAAGAAUAUAAUUCGGGGAAAUAUGUAUUUAUCCUUAAUAUUUCAGAAUAUACUUCUAUACAAAUCUCUUUGCAAGUGUAAGAUGAUUAAUAUAAUGCUGAUAAAUUCGUGAGAGAAUAUUAUUACAGGUUCAAUAGUAGUAUAAUUUUCUGUGGCUAGAUUGGUAAUCUCAUCUAGCUCAGCUGGAGCAUUCUAUAGCCUGGGAGUUCUGACCAAUAAAACCUAAAAGCCUUGGGAGCUUCUUAAUUGACGAAUCGGUGUUAUAACUGCUUCUGUGUCAUGUGUUAACAUUUCUAUAAAUACUUACCAGUCUCAAACUCCUCUCAAAUGUGCAUUUCCUUUUUUUUUUUUUUUUCCUUCUCAGUUCUUUAAUCCUAACUUAAACAUGCAAGUCUCCGAAGGAUUUUCAAUUUGUUUUAAAUUAAGGAAUUGCAAAGUGAAAUGUUGCACUUCACUGUUUUGCAGAGUGCAGCACAGUUCCGGAAAGAAAUAUAAAUUAAAAGCAUUUACUCUGAGAAAACCAUUACAGUUUUUGACACUGUCACGUCAAAUAGGAAUGAAACAAUAUUAACAGAUUGAAGGGGGAGGGGGGAGGUGGUUGCCAGGCUUUAUUAUUUGCUCUAAAGUAGGUAUUGCUCUCUUCUGGCUAUGUAGUUGUAACCUACAGUUGUGCCUUAUUGUCCCAGUGAGACUGGAUAUUGUAUUUAUCAAUCCAUAAAUAAACCUUCCACUGCAUA